GGCCCCGCCCCCGAUGCUGCCAUAGAAACCCAGAAAGCGACAUGGCUGCCACCAGCCGGAAAGAAAGGCUUUUGAAGCUGCCGGCGGCUGCCUUACCCAAGUCACCGUCACUUGCGCCAGGUCCAGCAGCUCCCAUCCGAGAGAGGCCUAAGAAGUGGCUGGUCUAUCCACAACCACCGAAGAGCUCCCGCAUGUCUCCGUCGGUUCUGCGCUGGCUCCAGGGCCUGGAUCUCAGCUUCUUCCCUAGGAACAUCAGCAGGGAUUUUUCCAAUGGCUUCUUGAUCGCAGAAAUAUUCUCUAUACAUUACCCCUGGGACCUUAAGUUGUCAUCCUUUCAAAAUGGAACUUCUUUAAAAGUCAAGUUGGAUAACUGGGCACAAUUGGAAAAGUUCCUGGCAAGAAAAAAAUUUAAAUUACCUAAAGAACUAAUCCACGGAACUAUUCAUUGUAAAGCUGGAGUACCUGAAAUACUGAUACAGGAGGUGUACACCUUGUUAACACAUCGAGAAAUUAAAAGUAUUCAGGAUGACCUCGUGAAUUUCACAGACUACAGUUACCAGAUGAAAUUGCCCCUGGUUCCUAGGUCGACAGCUUCAAAGUCUAUUAAAGAUAACAUUAGGUUAUCAGAAUUAAUAGGCAACCCCAACAAGCUCACCAAUGAACUUAAAGUAGAGUUCCUCUUCCUUUUACAAAUGUUGCAAAGAAAAUUGAGCAGAAAACUGAAUCCACAAUGGUUUGAGGUCAAACCAACAGUGGGAGAAUUAACUCUUGGUCACCGUCCAGCUCAAGCCUCUGGGUGCAAAUACAAGGCAGUCAUUUCAAGGGAAAGAGUUGUUCCUGAUUCUCGUCAUGGGGACAGUCCACUGAAAGAAAUUCACGUGAAGCAAGCUGGGAAACAUUGUUUUGACUCUGUAAAACCUAUGAGAAACGUGAAAAAAGAACCAGGAAAAGCUUUGGAGAACUGACGCCACCACCUCUUGCCAUCCUCUAAAGGGGUACAAUCACCUAGUCUUGGAUAGAUUUCAAUACUAAUUAAAGUGGUGUCUUUCAUUA